CUGAUCCCUGAGGCGGGCUGGGCUGUGAUGCCACAAAGGGGCUGAGCGCUGGCGUCAGGCAGGGCUGUGAUGACGUCCCAGGGCUGUGCUGGCCGCAGCACUGUGACAUCACCGGGCCGGCGCUAUAUAAGACGGGCCAGCGCCCGCAGCUGCCAGUGCAGUCGCGAUGGGACGUGCCGGAGCCAUGGGUGACGGUGGAGUCCUGAUGACUGCGCUUGUCCUGCUGCUGGCCGCUGUGGCUGUCUGGUGGGCCUUUGGCCACUGGCGACCACGGAGCUGGCGGAGAGCGGCAGCGAAGAGGACAGCGAAGAGGAGCAAGCGCCCCGGGUUCCGGCCCAGAGGCUCACGGAGGACGCGAGGAGCCCUUGCGGCUCCCAGGUUCCCCAGGCCUCGGGCGACUCCUCGCAAGCGGCCAGGUGCUCCCGCGAGCCCCCUGGGCAGCCCCUGCAGCUGCGGCCCCUGCGUGGCAGUGGCCCAGGAGCUGCAGGAACUGAUGCUGCUGCUCUGGGAUGGCAACGGGACACGGGCGCCGCUCUACUCUGGGAUGUGGCAGGCGUUGUGGAAAGAACUGGAGGAGCUGCUGCAGCGAGGCCACCUGCCCUGCUGUGGCUUGUCCAGCUCCUCCAGAAGCCUCCAUCCCUUCAAGAGGCUGCUCCCAGCAAGAUUCUCCAUCCCUGGGAGAGCCUCAAGGCCUGCAAGGAUGGCACAGCAGGGGGGAGCCGCCAUCCAUGCAGGAACCUCAGGCUGUCAGAGCCCCUGCAUCCUGCCAGGAGCCUCUGCAAUCUCUGACAGCCUCCAUCCCUCGCAGAGGCUCAGUGAGACCUGUCAGCCUGCAGAAGGUGCAGAGCCCGUGGACAGGUCUCCCAGCUCCCUUGGACUCACGGACUUCAACAACACGGGCUCAAUCCUGACCAUUGACGUGGCAGGGGAAAGCCCAGAAGUCCAAAUGGGAGCCCAGCCCGAUGCAGGGGAGCCGUCUCAGGAGCAGCUGGUGGAGCAGCAAGCGUCCUGGAGCCGGCAGUGGUCAUCCCACAGCGGCCAGGAGGCUGUGCCGGUUGUGCCAGCUGGCGACGGCCCGAGCCUGGUGGUGGAGACCAGCCUCCAGACACCAAGGAGGUUCCUCCAUCUCCAGGAAGCUGCCCCAAGAGAGCCCUCGACUGCCAGGAAGGGCUUUCUAAUAGCAGCUGCUCCUGGGACGCCCCUAUGCGAAGCCUCGGGCUGUAGCCCCGGCCCUCGUCAAGAGCAGAGUCCAGCCGACGACGCCGGGGACAGCGACGGUGCCGCCCUGCCCCGCUGCACUGGGGCUCCUGCAGCCGCCUGUGCGCGCGGCCCUGGCCCAGCUCUGCCGCUCGCCGGCCCGUCGGCCGCCGGGCGGCGGCCACUGCCCGGCGCGCAGCAGGAAGCAGGGCAAAAGAAGCAGCUGCAGGAGCUGUACCAGCUGGGCCCGCAGCUGGGCAGCGGUGGCUUCGGCACCGUUUUCUCGGGCAUCCGCCUCUCCGAUGGGAGCCCGGUGGCCAUCAAACGUGUGGCCCGGGAGAGCGUCCUGCAGUGGGUCGAGCUGCCCGACGGCACCUGCGUGCCCAUGGAGAUUGUGCUCAUGGAGAAGGUGGGCUCUGACUGCCACAACAUCAUCCAGCUCCUCGACUGGUUUGAGCUGCCUGACAGCUUUGUGCUGGUGAUGGAGCGUCCGGAGGCAUCGCAGGAUCUCCUGCAGUUCCUGCAGGAGCACGAGUUCCUGUGCGAGGGGAUGGCGCGCUGGCUUUUCUACCAGGUGCUGGAGGCCGUGCGGCACUGCACCGCCUGCGGCGUCCUGCACCGGGACAUCAAGCCGGAGAACCUCCUCGUGGCCCCGGAGAGUGGCGACCUGAAGCUCAUCGACUUCGGUUGCGGCACCUUCCUCCAGGAGCAGGCCUUCACGCGGUUUGCCGGAACGCACGCGUACAGCCCGCCCGAGUGGAUCUGCCUUGGCUGCUACCACGGCCAUGGGGCGACCGUCUGGUCCCUGGGCGUGCUGCUGUACGUCAUGGUCUGCGGGAGCCUCCCCUUCAGGGACGACCAUGACAUCGUGCUGGGGCAGCUCUUCUUCUGGCAGCAGGUCUCUCCAGAGUGUCAACAUCUGAUCCAGUGGUGUUUGGCCAAGCACCCUGAGGACAGGCCAGAGCUGGAGGAGAUCUUGCGCCACCCUUGGGUGCAGGGCAGGCGUUUUUGAUGCCUUGCCGGAGCCUCUGCAGCACCCACUUACCGAGUCCCACGCAGGACUGAGGACCCCACAAAUAAAACAACAAACCCAA